UCCUCUGGGGCAGUUGGAAGGCGCCGGCAGAGCCGAGCAGGUUCUGUGUUCUAGCGGUUAACGAGAGGAGAGGUUACCCAGUUGAUAUCUUCUUAUUCUGGGCUUAUCUUCCGCUCGGGCAAGGACUAUGUCAUGGAUCAAAGAAGGACAGUUGACGCUGUGGGAGCGGUUCUGUGCCAACAUCAUAAAGGCAGGCCCAAUACCCAAACAUGUUGCUUUUAUAAUGGAUGGGAACCGUCGCUACGCCAAGAAGUGCCAAGUGGAGCAUCAGGAGGGCCACUCACAGGGCUUCAACAAGCUGGCUGAGACUCUGCACUGGUGUUUGAACUUGGGCAUCCGAGAGGUGACGGUGUACGCGUUCAGCAUUGAGAACUUCAAACGUUCCAAAAGUGAAGUGGACGGGCUAAUGGAUAUGGCCCGGCAGAAGUUCGGCCGUUUGCUGGAAGAGCAGGAGAAACUGAAGAAGCAUGGAGUAUGUAUCCGGGUCCUAGGUGAUCUGCAUUUGUUGCCCUUGGAUCUCCAGGAGCUGAUUGCACAAGCUGUGCAGGCCACCAAGAACUACAACCAGUGUUUCCUGAACGUUUGCUUUGCAUACACGUCCCGUCACGAGAUCAGCAAUGCUGUGAGAGAGAUGGCCUGGGGAGUGGAGCAGGGUCUGCUGGAUCCCAGUGAUGUCUCUGAGUCUCUGCUUGAUAAGUGCCUCUAUACCAACCACUCUCCCAAUCCCGACAUCUUGAUACGGACUUCUGGGGAAGUGAGGCUCAGCGACUUCCUGCUCUGGCAGACCUCCCACUCCUGCCUGGUGUUCCAGCCUGUUCUGUGGCCAGAAUACAUGUUUUGGAACCUCUGUGAAGCCAUCCUGCAGUUCCAGAUGAACCAUAGCAUGCUUCAGAAGGCCCGAGACAUGUAUGCAGAGGAGCGGAAGAGGCAGCAGCUGGAGAGAGACCAGGCUGCAGUGACAGAGCAGCUGCUGCAAGAGGGGCUCCAGGCCAGUGGGGACGCCCAGCUCCGACGGACACGCUUGCACAGACUCUCAGCCAGACGGGAAGAGCGAGUCCAAGGUUUCCUGCAGGCCUUGGAACUCAAGCGGGCUGAUUGGCUGGCACGUCUGGGCACUGCAUCAGCCUGAGUGAGGCUGGCCUCCUGCUACUUUGCCCUGCCCUCCACCUCUAGGGCCCCACUCCCCUUUCUUUUCUUGAAGGGUACCUCCCUCCUGAUGAGUUGUGUUCCUUUUGCUUGGCAGGGAGCCCAGUUUAUGGUGCCAUAGAUACCUUUGGGUUGCCUGGGACAGUGGCCCCGUGGGAGUAUUGAGGAUGAGUCUCCAACAAAUACACUAAAUGUAGCUCUCAUCACCAAUAGGUUUGGAGAGCAGGAGCAGGGAGCGCCAGGUCUUCUGCUGCCUGCUCCUUCCGCCUUUGCCCCCUCUACCUGUGCUUCUAGAUGCACUCCUCCUCCCCCGCCUUCCCCAGCACAUCCUUCAACACCCAGUUGUGGGGAAGAGGUCUCCCCAGACCCUCACCCUUUACCCAUCCAUCUUAGCUUUCCAUCGACUUUCACAAAAGAUUUGGCUCCACCUCAGAUCUGCUGGUAAAUAGCUAAUGGGCAGCCGGCGUCAUUUGGGCAAGGAAGGAGAGAUGGAAAGAAAAUUUGCCCAUCUGCUGGUCCUCCCCCUUGGCUCUCCACCUGGGAUUUGCUAUUGAAUCUCUACCCCCUCCCACCACGCAGUGCUGAUUGCUCACUGAAAGGCUCAGCGCCCCCAAUGGCACAGAAGCCUGGCGGGUGAUUACAAUCCAAUUACCUAUUGUCGACUCAGCCCACACAAGCUUUCCUCCUCCUCCUGCAGGGCUCGGGCCAGGCUCCAGGGUAAAAGAAGGGCCUUAUAGGCCCUGGUGAACCUAGCCAGCACAGGCCUCUUGCCUGGAACACAUCAGAACCAAGAACACAGAAAGAACCACUUCCCAAAUGACUGCCUCCUGCCCUCACCACCUCAGACUCUGUCUCCCACCGCCUGUCUUUUGAGCCUGGCUUCCUAAGUAGGCCCUGAGACCAUUUAUUCUUAGCAUGUCAAAGUGUCAGCUUGUGAGGGCAUGGCUGCCCAUAAGGAAGAAGAGGGUUGAGUCAAGAGCUGUGUCCUUUCCCUUACCUCUCCUGCCAGGCCUCGCUGCAGAGAUGCUGAGAGGAUUCAUGCCUUUGAAGAGCACACCUCUGCUUCAGGUGCCCCAGAGCAGCCAGCACCAGCCAGUAAUACCAACCAAUGGCUACUCCAGUCUUCCCUUUUUACUUUCUGCAAACUGUUUCUCCACCUCCCUCUAGGGGAGGGUUGGGGUCUUGCAAGCAGUGCUGCCAGUAUAUUCUCAAACCCCUGAUUUUCCUAUACUCUAGUCUCCCCGCCUUCCCCUACCUAAAUACCUGGUACAAGAGAAUCAAGUUUAAAUGGCAGACACUGCUAUUGAGAAUUGGAUUGAUGCACCCUUUGGCAAGCCUCCCUCACACCUGGCACAGGGUUCCCAGAGAGCAGGUGCUGUGCAUUUUGCAUCUUUACAAUGGGGCAGUUGACAGCCUUAAUUAGGGAGGCAUGAAUUAUGGGGCUAUAACGCAGAGCCCUACAAUUAAGGGAAUGGGACUGGAGGCAGUAAGCGGAACCUGCCCUGUGAGCAUGGCUGAGUCUUGUCUCUUCUGGGUUUCCCCUAAUAUGAUUGGGGUGCAGAAGUGAUUAAUAGGGCUGGUAUCUCUCUUUAGCCUGAGGUCCUGUAUUCUGGGAAAGGUAUGCAGAGUGGGAUGGGCAGAGGAUGCCCCAGGAGCUCUGUAGAGGUGGAAAGAAGAGACGGAGGGGCCUCUGCUGCCUAGGAGCAGGGGAUGCAGAUAGUUGAUUUGGCCGCAUUGUGGUUGCUUUCUACAGAUAUUUGUACCAACCAGCUUCAACCCUCACCUCAAUAAACUAAGUGGGACCUAUUUAAAUAUCCUCCCACCCGUGAGCUAAGCCCCCA